UUAGUUCACUUCGCACCGUCGAGUAGUGCACUUGAACUCAACUACUUUCUAGCGCUCUCCAUAUUGACCUACAUCUACAAAAAUCACUUUCUAAUUCUCAAAAUAACCUAAGAUUUUUGACCAAGUAAUUGCUACGCAACGUACACGGAAUAAUUGGAGAAAAUGCCUUGCCCAUUUCUAACAAGACUAAGCCAAAACUACGUUAAAAAUUAUGGGACCCUUUUGCUUAAAAUGUACGGGAACCAGUGUCCCGUGGUGUCAAGCACCAUGAGCACAAUUGCCGGAGAAGACGUAAAAAGUCAAGUUUUAGACACCCAAAAAUCAAACACCCCGUGUCCAUUCUUGAAGGAAGUCAACAAUGUUAUUAAAGAGGUAAAAAACGACGACACCAUUGAAAUGAAGAGUGAUGUAGAUUCAGUAUUUCCAUAUGACAGUUUUUUCCACCAACAAAUAAUGAAGAAAAAAAAGGAGCACAGCUACCGUGUUUUCAAAAAAGUCAACAGGCUAGCAGGCCCUGGACAGUUUCCAAGUGCUUUGGAGUACUCAUGGGGCGAAAAACCCAUCACGGUUUGGUGCUCGAACGACUAUUUGGGAAUGUCUUGCCAUCCCAAGGUUAAGGAGGCUGUGAGGGAAGCUCUUGAUAAGUACGGCACAGGGGCUGGUGGUACUAGAAAUAUUUCGGGAAAUUCAACAUUGCACGAAAAGCUGGAAGGCAUUCUUGCACAACUGCACCAAAAAGAGAGAGCUCUGCUCUUUACUUCUUGUUUCGUUGCAAAUGACUCUACUCUUUUCACCUUGGCUAAAACACUGCCAGGAUGUCAUAUUUUUUCCGACGCCGGAAACCAUGCUUCAAUGAUUCAAGGCAUAAGAAACAGCCAAGUACCAAAACACAUUUUCAAGCACAAUGAUCCCGCACACUUGGAAGAUCUGCUGAAGACUGUUAAUAAAAAUAUUCCGAAAAUAGUUGCAUUUGAAACCGUUCAUUCAAUGUCAGGGGCUGUUUGUCCCUUGGAAGAACUUUGCGACGUUGCUCACAAAUAUGGGGCGUUAACUUUUAUUGAUGAAGUCCACGCAGUUGGACUUUAUGGUGAACAUGGAGCUGGAAUUGGCGAACGUGACGGAAAGCUCCAUAAAAUGGACAUAAUCUCGGGUACUUUGGGCAAAGCCUUCGGAAACGUUGGUGGCUAUAUCGCUUCGUCUGCGACUCUGGUCGAUAUGAUCAGGUCUUACGCUGCUGGUUUCAUCUUCACCACUUCGUUACCACCCACUGUGCUGUCGGGUGCUUACAAAGCAAUCCAGAUCCUGGCCUCAGAUGAGGGUAGAGAACUGCGAAGACGUCACCAGGAUAAUGUAAAAUAUUUAAGAGGCAAUUUAUUGAAUAACGGAUUCCCCGUGGAACAUACGCCUAGUCAUAUCAUCCCGAUUAAAAUCGGAGACCCGGUGCAGUGUGGAGCCGUUUGUGACACUUUGUUGAAAGAAAAAGGUCACUACAUACAAGCUAUCAACUACCCCACUGUUGCCAGAGGGCAAGAAAAACUGAGAUUGGCGCCGACCCCUCAUCAUACUAAAGAGAUGAUGGAUACGCUUGUUGGCGAUCUUAAAGAAGUGUGGCAAACUUUAAAUUUGCCGUUUACCGGACUUCAGUGCGGAAAGAACUGUCCCUACUGUCAAAAGCCGCUUCUAUUUGACUACUUUGAAUCCAGAUCAAGACUUGAACAAGGUUGUGGGAAGGAUCUUAACUGUACUAUUCCAAACUGUCCACAGUUGGUUGGUGUUGUGUAAAAAAACUGGAGAUUAUUUUUAUGGAAGUUAAAGGUGUUGGUACAUUUUAUUCUCAAGUUAUGGAAGAUGUUAAAAAUGUAUUGUCAAUUUAUGGAACUAUUAUACUAGAUAAGCAAAUAUAAAAAGUUGAAAGAUG